GUAAAUAAGCUAAAGAGAAAAACUAAUGCGGAGAAAGCUAAUUGCCAGUCGAUUUAUUAGCAUCUUUCUAUUCGCGGUUCUGUGCUAUUUAAUGCUCACCUCCCUUUUCGAUAGCAACCAAGACAUAAUUAUAAGUGAAGUGACCCAAAUAUCAAUCGUCGAAGAGGAUGAAUUAUUCGUCAAUACCACUGGAUGUCGUAUAGGUUCGACGGCAGCGAUUUCGGAAUUCGCAAAGAACUUUAUGGAUCCAAUUGAGCCAAUUGCUUGCCGAAUGACCCAGCUGAUGAUAGCCGAGUCUAAGGAAGGUAGGAAUUAUCUCAGGCGAAACAUAUCGAAGACUGAUCUAUUCUCAUGUUGUCGGGUGAGGCGAUGGAAAGAUGUCUCCUGCCUAUAUCGGGAGUUUUUGAGGGUUGACGACGCACACAACAGAUACAAGUCUUUUAGGUUUUUCAAGCUAAACGAAGGAUCAUGGUAUCUUGAGGUGGGAGCUGGUCAGCAAAACAUUCGUACUUGGUGCUGGGUGGACUUUGGCAGGCUCAUUUUCCACGACGUCCUGUACUUUCUGCCAACCCCGCCCAAGGCUUUAGAUGCGUCUGCCCUCGAGGAAAAGCUCUCCGUGAUGAUCUUGGGUGUGGAUUCCAUUUCUCAUAUGCACUACCUUCGCUACUUUCACCAAGUGGCCGACUUUGUCGAGCACCUACCCUCACCACACACCGAGUUCUGGGGCUACAAUAGGAUUGCCUUGAACACCUACCCCAACCUCAUGCCCCUGGUGAGUGGUCUCAAUGUUCAUGAGUUGGAGGAAUCUUGUUACAAUGGCAGACCAAGCUUUGACAACUGCACUUUCUUGUGGGACGAGUUCAAGAAGGCUGGUUAUUUCACCAUCUUUGGUGAGGAUACCGAUACAGCUGGAUUGUUUAUCUACCUAAAGAAGGGCUUCAAAAGGCAGCCCACCGAUAUCUACAUGCGUCCUCUGAUGCUCGAAAUCGAAUCUCAUUCUUGGUACCGCACCACGUUGGACCAGAAGUGCACUGGCCAUCGCCUCUAUGGGGAAUUUUAUUAUGAAUUCGUCUUGAAGCUAAUUCCACACCUUCGUGUUCCAUUCUUCUCAUUUUUGUGGAACAUGGACGGCAUCCACGACUAUUUUCCCUAUGCCAAGUUGGUGGACACAGAGUACUUGAAUAUAUUGACCAGGCUCUAUGAACAGGGCGUAAUGGAGCACACUCUGAUACUCCUGAUGGGGGAUCAUGGCUUGCGGUUCGAUAAGUUCGCUCGCACUGCCCCAGGACAACAUGAAAUGUCGCAGCCGUUGUUAAUCGCCUUCUAUCCGGAAUGGAUGAAGAGAAAGUACCCCCUAGCCAUGUCAAAUUUUCAGCGCAACGCCAGGAGACUCAUUACCACCUUUGACCUGCACGAAACCCUGAAGGAUGUGAUAAAUCUGGAUCAGCUAACCGAUGCCAGUGUGAAGAACCGAACGCUCUAUUUGGAGAGCAGUCGUGGGAUCAGCCUGUUCCUACCCAUUCCUGAGGGCAGGACUUGCCAUUCCGUGGAAAUACCGCGACACUACUGCCUGUGCAAUGAGUUAAGUACGAUGUCCACUCAUAAGAGUAUCGUUCAAGAGGCUGCCCGCUUUGCGGUGGACAGGAUAAAUGAGUUGAUCAAGCCCUAUCCGCAGUGUCAAAAACUGCAACUGGUGAGAGUUCGGGCUGCUUAUCAAGCGAAAGAUGAAACUAAGGGGGACUACAAGCUGUCCCAGAUUUUGGUCCGCCUCAGAACAAAGCCUGGAGACGGAAACUUUGACGCCACCAUUGUUGUAACACUGCUAAAUGGUGAGAGGAAGUCUCUGAAACUGGGGGGACCUGUGACCAGGACAGACAGAUACGGACAUCAGGCGUAUUGCGUUCAAAACUACCGCAUUGAAAUGUAUUGCUACUGCUUAUAAUUAACUGAAACCUAAAUA